GGCUGGGGAGGAGGGACGCAGGAAGCAAUGGCACUCGAGCUGAGUUGGUGGUGGCGGCUGCUGCUGCUGCUGCUGCUGCUUAUAUGUCGGCGGAGGAAGGGGGAGGAGCAGGAGGGUUGGAUUGUGCGAGGGAGAUGCUUGGCAGCCCAAGUUCCCGCUCAGGACUUCAUACGGUAGAGUGAAGGUCGGUUCUCUACUAGCGAGAGUGCCGAAUAAAAGAUCUGACCGAGGCUGCUCGAAAAGGGCCUCAUGCGCUCUGCCUUUGGCUCAGACUGCCGGCUGUAUUGCCUCGUGCUGCCGAAAUAUUCGGGAUGGAGCGUCGUGCCUUGCGGUUGGCCCAACUUUUCCUCUUUGUGCUAUGGGCUAAUAGCUUAAUAACAAUUGGAUUAGCAGGUGCACAACAGCAGAUCAUCUGCAAUGAAUCCUUUAUGCUACAGAACUUGCCAGUGUGUGGAAAAUCCUUCGAAGAGAUGAUGCACAAAGUGGAUUCUACAAAAUGGUGCAAUCUGACAGAAUUUAUACUGUAUUACAACAAUUUUAUUCUAUGUACAGAACACAAGGUUUCAACAGCAAAGUGCUUCUGGCCUAACCCGCUGGCUGAAGGCUUCAUCACUGGAAUCCAUAGACAAUUCUUUACAAACUGUACCUCAGAUAAAGUGCACUGGGAAGAUCCUCCAGAUAAAAUUCUGGUUUCUUUGAUUUUCAUUCCAAUUCUUCUGACAGUUGCCAUGGUUGGUUUAGUGGUAUGGUGUAGCAAAAGAAGUGAUAUUUUGGUAUAACUCAGCAUUCAUCGCCAUAUUGUUCUUUCUUUUAUUGAGAAUGGAAUAGAAACCUUAUAUGUACUGUAUAUCUACAUGUACAUGUGUGUAUGCAUAUGCGUGUGUGUGUGUGUGUAUACACAUACAGAUAGACACAUACAUUUAAAGACACAUAGAUAUAAAGACAAUUUUGGCAAACAGAACUACAUUCUUCUUUAGCUACACAUAUCUACUAUAAACGUUACUUCUCCAGCAGUAUAAACAUUGUUCUGAUAAAAAUUAUGGCUCAUGACCAUAACUCUGUAAUGAAUAGAAACUGAAAACAAUAUCAGAAUGUGCUAUAUACAAUGGAAGUUUGUGGCUUUUAAACUUACGAAUGAACCUCAGAUGUUCAACUUUUUAAAAAGAUGAUUCUAUAUGUGGACUGUAGAUUUGAAAUGUAAGCACAUGUAUACUGAACAAUCAUGUUUAUGGUAGGGGCUGUUUUGGAAUUAAAUGUGAAAAUUGAUAUUUAAGUAUGAACUUUAGGACUUAAAUAGACUGUCCUUGCCAAAGAUAUAUAACAUGCAUAUAUACAUGUGCAGCAAAAGAAAGUGAAACACUGUGAAUAAUGAAUGAUCAGAGAAUUGUCACGAUUAUGCUGGCUCUUCUAUGAAUUAGUAAACAAGAAACAUGUCCUUGAAUGUUUGCAUCCUGGACUGGAAAUCUACAGAAUGGUCUCUUGAAAGGAUAUAGUUUUCUUUUGCAAAGCUACAAAGAGAAUGAGAGGAAAUUGGUCAACUAGAAAUGUAUUCAAGUGUCAAAUAAACUGUUAUAUUUGUCUCA